AUGAUUGGCAUUAGUAAGUGCCUUUGCUGCUACCUAGCGCUUCUAUUCGGGAUUUUCACGCUGAGAGGGUGCGAUGUGGCGAGCGGCAUUCCUACUGGAGGAACUACUGAGGAUGAAAGCACUCAAGGACCAUCGACCAGCUCCGAUCCUAUUGACUUAACUCUGCGGAGCUUGCCAAGCGCGGAUUUCAACCAGAAUGUAAAGCAUUAUUUGGAUAGCAUGAGAGAAAUUUGCAUAAUAUUGGGACGUCUGCACGGCUUCGAUUUCAGAGUGUCGGACCAUUUGGCCACGCUGAAAUAUAUCGGCGAGGCCGACUCUGUUGGCGCUACCGUUAAAAACAACACCAUCGUAUAUGCAGAACUUGAAAAUGCUUACUCCAUAGAUGCAAUUGUGAACAGGAUGAAACGGCGUACGUGGUCGCUGCAGUUUGCUUAUCAAAAGGACAGGCUGGCCGACGUACAGCUUUCGGAAGCGACUGCUUCAAUGAGGGCCACCUGGAUAAUCAACAUAGCUUUGCAAAAACACGUCGACGAACUAUCUACUGCGAUAAAGUUGUUACAGUAUUCUACAUUCAAGAUUCAACUGAUGAAUACCUUGGGCUGCGCAGAUCUGAAUUCGCUCGAGUCUAAGAUUUUCAUACGCGCGCUUACUAAUCAGUACAUGUCAUCGCAACCUAUAGAGCGCAUAACAGCGCAGGAGAUGCGGUCAAAGUUGGCAGGGAUCAUGCAGAUCGUAGAAAAUGACAGCGGAUGGACUUUUUUCCAGACGCGUAUUCUUUCCGAUUUAGCAGGCAAUUUAUGUAUCAACCGGCGAAUGGGAUAUUACGGCAGGUUCUACGACCCCAUGUUUUGUCACUACGAUGAGUUUAGAACCGGCAUUUGGAGGUGGCACAGGCUGUACCAUGCUCUUCACGUACACAAGAAGCAGAUGAAAAAGGCAUCUUUUGCCAUGCAGAUUUUGUAUGACUGGUUGAGCAUGGAGGGCAUGGAUCCGGAUACGUCUCAAUUUUACGUAAAAAUGGGAGAAGUGCUUGAUGGUGCGAUAUCGCAGUUCAUAUGGAGCGACAGAGAGAAGGCGAUCUUCGAGUCAGAGCUGAGCGAAUUGCAGCCACUAUUUGAGCACAUGGUUGAGAGGAAAGCCAGUGUCGAUGCUUAUCCGAGUCUCAACGCUGAAGUGGGCGUGCACAAGGAGUAUUUCGUCAACAACACGUUCAACAGGGACCCGAUCUACCAUUUGCUGAUGAUACACUAUUACUCUGAAUUGGUGUAUUUUGACAAAUGCUCGCGCCAUCUUAUCGUUUCGAUGGUUGUUUACGCCAGGAAAAUACGUCAAUUCCCCCGCUUGCCCAGCGAGGACGAAGAAUCACGAAGGUUUAAGGCGAACAGGAUCUACCACCAAAUAGAAAAGCUAAGUGGACAUGCCGAAGCUCAUAUGCGCAAAAUGCACAGCAUAAUGCAACAUGCCGUUGCAAGCGCAUCGUUAAACCAAGACACCGAGGAGACAUACCGUCAGUGUCAGCAAGAAUUGGAGAAUUAUCUGAACGGCCUAGGUUUAACAUACACCGCCAUAAGAAGUAUGAUUGUCGACUACCUUCGGCUGAUAUGGCCCAGUGACACGGCGGACUACAAUAUGGAUCUGACGGCCUUAGUCCGAUUCGCUUUGCCCUAUGUUGUGGAUUUGACUCUGCGCGCCCACCGGGUGGCGGUUGCGAAUUCUGCCCUUUUUGAUGAACGUACGGCAAAAUUGAAAUGGAAUAUGAACUCAAUGGCAAAGAUACCCAUCGCAUCAGCUAGAACGCAUGAGAGCGCAUGUUACCGCGAUGUAGAUAGCAGAUUCGGCCAUAUUUUAAGCCGUAGACUCGACCUUCACUCGAUUUUCAACCAUCUUCAUAUGAGCAAAGAUGAUAAACUAUAUCUGGAAAUCAUAUAUGAAUCUCUAGCAGGCGCGACCAGAGCAAGUAGCAACAAAAAGAUAUGCAAAGCCUUCAAAAUGUACUUGAAUAAAAGGGAACUAGUGCAGCGAGCGCUUCAGCAGGAAAUUGCCAUGCCGCGAAUACUUGAACUCAUUGAUCAGUUUACAAAUCUGGUGCAUACUUAUCGACAGAGUUUCCCUAUCAUUACAGCGGCUGUUCGACGCUGCGAAACCAUUACUGCGCAACUGGAGUCAAACGAGCGGAUGAUUCAGAAUAUGAACCCAAACAGCACUGAUUAG